ACAUUUUACACGGGCAUGCUGGGGGGUAGGUGGGGUGGAAACCGGUUUAAUUUUGCGGGGUUAGGGGUGGGGUAGGUGGGUGAAGGAAGGACUUGUAAUUUUCUGAUAGACGCUGCCUUUGCUUCCUAUUUUCUCCGGAGCUGGACUCUUAUAGAAAUUUUGGGCAACUACAUCUGUAAACAUGACUGAGAGGAAAAUCAGAAGAAGAGACUGUGUGCGUCUGUCCAACAAGAUAAUCGAGCGGUGUCAGCUGCCGGUGGAGCCGGUGAGGGAGAUCCGCGACAUCCGCUCAGAGUUCUUCGUCCGCCUGCUGGAGGUGCUCAACCAUCGGCUCCCGCCAGGCAUUAUCGAGCACCCGGAGACGCCGUCGGACGAGGUGCAUAACGUGCAGACCAUCAUUAACCACCUGGCCCUGGACCUGAUCGACGUCGACCUGUCACACAUCUCGGGCGCUCAGGUGAUCGCCGGCAACGCACACGCCAUCUACAACCUGCUGGAGAUCUUCUGCGGCCUGCACAAGUACCUCAGCUCGCACGAAAUCGACAGAUGGCAUCUGGAGGAGAGUCUGACGGAGACGGAGGAGGAACUGAGCACCACCAGCUCAUCGACUCCGACCGACUCACAGUCGGCAAACCAGGAGGACGCGGCGGCGGCUCCGGAGGCUGAGGCCGUAUCAGAGGAGGCAGCAGCGGCGGCGGCCAGGGAUUCGGACCUCCCUCCAUCCUCACCCUCCCGCCGCUCCUCUGCCGGUGUGCGUGCCUCGGCCAGCGCCGGCAGCCGGCCCCCGUCCUCCGCCCGCUCUCCCCCCGGCUCUGCCCCCGGCUCGGGCGGCGGCAGCCCCUCCAGACGCCUGUCGGCCGGCGGGCCGGGGUCACCGGCCGGUCAGACUGCCGGACUGACCCCGAGCGGGUCGGGCACCGGGCCGGCCGGCGCCGCACUCAGCCCCAGCACCAAAACAUCCACCAGCGGCGGCUCGGCCGUGGUCAGCUUCCCUGAGUCUCAGUACUCACUGGAGAUGGAGCUACCGAUCACCAAGUCCGGGAGCCGCCAGCCGGGCGGUCGGCGCGAGCCGCGGGAGGCUGGGGGCUCGCCGGCCGCCGAGUCCGCCACCUCUCCCUCGGAGAGCUCUCCGGCGGCCUCCUCCUCUCUGGAGUCUCCGGAGGAUGACGGAGAGCCGGCGGCCGGCGGCGGGCUGGGAGACGGACCGGAGACGCUGCCGGAGACGCCCGGAGACACGGCGGUGGAGGGAGACGGCCGGCGGGCGGACUCGCUGGAGACGGCCCGCUCCAGUGAGUCGGCGGUACAGGACUCGCCGACCACGGAGACGGGGACCGAGGAGCAGGAGACGGGGACCGAGGAGCAGGAGACCGGGACCGAGGAGCAGGAGACCGGGAGCGAGGAGACGGAGGGCGAGACGGAGGAGACGCCGCACGAGCCGCACCGCUUCGAGUUCAUCGACGAACAGACGCCGGAGACCGGGACGGACACGGGCGCGGGAGGCGAUGAGUUCACGAAUAUGGCCUUUGACGCCGACUCUGACCUAGAGUCGGACGAGGUGGCCAGCGUGGACGGCACGGAACCAGAUGAGGUGGAUAUUAGCCGGCAGCUGAGCGAGGAGCUACAGCAGCUGCAGCAGCAGCCGGCCACCAGCUCCGGACCCGAACAGACCAGCAGCGGUGCGGAAAAGAAGGAGCGAAAGAAGUCAUCGCCGGGCACUUCAUCUGACACCACGGCGGGCCGGGCUCGCGGCGGCCGCAGCGCUCCGUGCGGGGCGGCCGUGGCGGCGCGCCGCUGUCGCUCCAGUGACCGCAGCUCCGUCAGCGACCCGGGCGUGAACGGACGGCGGCCUCUCUGUAGGAGGCUGCUCACCAGGAACAUAGAGACCAUCGCUGAGAUCCACGAGUCGGGCGGCGAGCGUGCGGUGACCCGCACCACGCGGGAGCAGGCCGGCGACAAACUCUGCAAGGAAACCGUACAGCGGGAGGUGCGGAGGAAGGUGCGCAGCGCCCCGACACCCAACUCCAGGCUCAUGUCGUUCCUGAGCAAGCAGUCGUCCCGCCGCUCCAUAUGCAGUGACGGCGUGCUGAGAUGGCUGGAGUCGCAGGCCGACGAGACCUACCUCAAGGUGGAGGGAGAGGAGACGGACGUGUUUGAAUUUCUGCGCCGUGAGUUUCCGUACGUGCGGGUCUCGGAGGAGACCAAGCGGAAGCUGCUGACCCAGUACCGCCAGCAGAUGAGGUACAUCAUGCACCUGGUCGAGCCCACAGAGACCCGACACUACAAACUCAAGCGUCAGGACGUGCUGCAGCGUCAGGCGCUGCUGACGGACAUCAUCCGGCAGCAGCGGGAGCACGACCAGCGCUUCCGGAGACUCCGCACCGCCCGGCUACAGGCCAUCAAACGCAGGAACGCGCCGCGGGACGCCAAGAUAUCGUGUCUGCGCGCUCAGCGGUUCGUCGACUCGUUCAAACAGCAGUUCGAGUCGCGCUCUGCGCUCAACAGGAGCCGGGAGGAGCUGCUGAUGAAGGCCGUGUUUGAGGAGAUGCUGGAGAUCCAGCGGCACCGGCUGCGCUCCGUUCGCGCCUUCGAAAAGCGCGCCAUCCGAGAGUUCUACGGUCAGGACGGCUACACGGCCGAGCUAAACCGCAUGCACCAGUUCUACGAGGCCAAUUUCCGAGACCUCGCCCAGAUGCUGUCUCGGGAGAAGAACGACUUAGCCCUGGCAGAGAAGGAGCAGACGAAACUAGCCGACCGGAUCAAACGCGAGUUCCGCGACUAUAUGGAGGCGGACGUGAGGAGUCUGAACGACAAGGUGGUGACGAGCUGGCAGCCGCAGUACAGGGAGCUGGACGCGGACAAAAUUCGCAGCGACCUAUACGAGGCCAACUGGAAAUUCUGCGUCACCUAGAGGUUGGCCCUACUCUGACAACGUCUCUCGUCCCUCGUCUAUCGUCUCUCGUCUCUCGUCUAUCAUUUCUCGUCUAUCAUCUUGCGUUGUAUUUAGACAUCUAAUAUUAGAUGCUUCAUAAUUUCUUCGAUUAGUGAAUAGUGCUCUCCUAAAUUGUUUAAUAGUCCCAGUUCUGCCUCUAUGACAUACUUUCGCUUUUUAGUUGUCGUAUUUUACUAUGCUGUCCUUAGUCGCUUGAGUCGGCCCUCUGCAGGCCUGAGCGAAUUGUUGUUAUUCUAAAUAUGUAGGUAGUUUGUGAUAAGAUUCCUGCGUCCCACUAUCCGUCACAAUGUCCUCUCUCCCGUCUUGGUCUCCCCUGUCCUGCGUCUAGUCUGUGAUCUCAACCACUGGAGUAUCGUGUCCCAGACAGCCGGACGCACAGUCCGUCUCGCUGUACUGGGAGACCGGUGGUUUACUCCCUGGUGCGUUCCCUAGCGUCCCGUCUCUCAGGCGCGCGAUCCGUGCGCCUCUCCGUGCAUCUGUGAGGCUGAGCCGGUCCCUCCUGUCCAGUGGUGUUCUGUGAUUCAGCGGACUGCAGCCGGCGCUACUCCCGGCUUUUCCUGUCUCCACUGCGGAUGUGGUUGCCCCAGUUUUUUUUUUUUUUGCACGGGGAAUUUCUGUCCUUUUGGUAGUGGCUAGUGCGCUCAAAUGUCCUGUGAUUUACGGGGUGUAGUGAAUAUGGGGAAAAACGAGCGAGUAACUACGAAGUGGAAAUAUGGCUGUGAAGUCUCAGGGUACCUUUUGAUUUUUUUUGUGUGCUUUUUUCGUUAUUGAUCAGUGUUUUGUUUUCACAUCAUUUCAUCAAGUGCCUGAGGAAUUUUAGUAACUGAGAACAUGUCUCACUUAACAUAAGUGCUUUUACGAAAUUAGAUUCACUCCUGGAUCUUAGCUCAUUGAUUAGGUGGAUAAAACACAGAAAGCAAUGACAGAGGGAAGGGAUAAUCCGAAUUAUGAGAUUUGCUAACGUGAAGAGUUGUGAUAGGAAGGGGACUCAAAUUGUCAUGUGCUAUUUUUCUGCUAUAAAAAUACAAUAUUCAGACCUCCAGACUA